CUUUAACAAAUGACUCUGCGAAGAAAAGCCAUUGAUUUCGAUCAACAUUUUUCACAACUAAUUGAUAUGCUCAAUGGCAUCUAUUCUUUCUCUUCAAAGCAACAACAGAUUAAAGGAAUGACCAUGUAUCAAGUUGUUUAUGACAUGUGCAUUGCCAUUCCAAGGCCAUUCACAGAUAGAUUAUUUACGGGAAUUGCAGAAUAUAUAGAUGGUCAUACCACCAAUGAGUGCAAGGUAAUUGGAUAAUACGAUAUUCUCUGUCCUCUUCAAAUUGUUUUGCAGGAAAUAUUUAUGUCCAUCUUCAAUGUAGAUGAUGCUGACCAAUGAUGACAUUGUCACGUCUUAUGCUCGUGCAUUUGAAAGGUUUGCUUUGGCAGCCGAAUACAUGUCUCGUGGUUGCUGUUAUUUGGACCGUAUUAACACAUCCAACUAUACAGGUGGUAGUCGCUCUGCUAAUAGCGCAACUUCUGGAAAAUACCGCAAACAGAAUGUAGAAGCAUUAGCUUUAUUGCUAUGGAAAAACAAUGUUCUCUUUACUAUCCGUGAUAAAUACCAAAACAAACUGUUCUACCAAGUGUUUGAAUUGAUUCGACAAGACAGAGAUGGUGACGAUGCACCUCAUAGUACAAUUAAGUCUGUUGUUACUUCACUGGUUCAGGUCAACUCGUUCACAGAGCAGCCACUUCAAUUGUACAUUGAAGAAUUUGAAAGACCUUAUUUGGUCCAUACAAAAAGAUAUUAUGAAGCUGAGGCAGCGAGAGAAAUUGCAGCAGGAAGUAUCAGUGGUUUCAUGCAAAGAGCGUCGGAUAGAUUGCAACAGGAAAUCAUGCGUAACAAUCAGUACUGUCAUUCUACAUCGCACGGACGUAUCGUUAAAGAAUUUGAGGCUCAGUAUAUUACAGCCUAUCAGGAUCGUAUUAUCGAUGAAUUUGAAAUCAUGUUAAAAGACGAGCGAUUUCAAGAUUGCACACUAGCAUACAGCCUAUUAAGUCGUAUUCCAGACGGAUUAAAACCAAUUUUGGACAUUUAUCAAAAUUACGUUGCAAAAUUAGGCAAAGAAAUUGUAACGCAAUUAGGAUCCAGUGUGACUAAGAACCCCAAAUCCUAUGUGGACCAGUUACUAGCAUUACAUCAGAAGUAUUAUCAGAUGAAUCAACAAGUAUUUUCCUCCGACCCUUUGUUUACUGCCGCUGUGGAUAAAGCAUUUAGAACUAUUAUUAAUGACACAGCAGGCACGAAUUUGCCUGCUAACGGACCCGAAACAUUAGCUCGUUAUUGCGAUAUGAUGAUGAAAAAGAACGCAGGUAAAAAAGAGCCUGCGACCGCAAAGAGAAAGGGGUUAAAGAAACCAGUGGAUAUGGACGAAGGGGAUCAAGAAGAAAGAUUGAUGAAGAUGGUAACUCUUUUCAAAUACGUUGAGGAUAAAGACGUCUUCCAAAAGUUUUAUUCCAGAAUGUUGGCCAAGCGUCUCAUCUAUGGCGCAUCUUCUUCCGAGGAGCUAGAAAUCAACAUGAUAAAUCGUCUUAAAGAGAUCUGCGGUGUGGAAUAUACAAGUAAAUUAAACAAGAUGUUUACAGAUAUGUCACUUAGUAGCGAUUUGAAUACAAAGUUCAAAAACUUUGUCAAGGAGAAGAAUUUGACGGGCCAUGUUAAUAUGGAUAUACUCGUUUUAACAGCUGGUGCAUGGCCAUUAAACCAAAAAGAAGACGUAGGACCAGAUACCAACAAAAUACAGAUACCCACCGUGCUUGAAAAUAAUAUUUCAUCAUUCGAAACAUUUUACGGAAAUCAAUACAACGGAAGACGUUUAUUAUGGCAAUGGAACUUAACUCGAGGAGAAAUCCGUAUCAAUCAUCUCGAUAGGAACUAUGAACUUCAAGUGAGCUUGUACCAAAUGCUCAUAUUAAUUCUGUUUAAUGAAGGCACGUCUCUGGCUGUUAAUGAUAUCAUACUUCAGUCUGGAUUGACAGAAGCAGAUACCACCCGAAGUUUAAAACCAUUGAUCGAUAUGCAUAUUUUGGAAACCGUAAAUGGCGAACCUUUAUCACAAACAAGUGAGAUCAAAGUCAACACAUCAUUUACCAGUAAACGUACAAAGAUUAAGGUGACAGCAGCAGCACAAGGUGAUAGUCAGCAAGAAAGUCAAUCCGCUCGUAAAUCUGUCGACGAAGACCGACGCAUGUAUUUACAAGCAGCAAUUGUACGUAUCAUGAAGUCGCGACAAGUGUUACCCCAUGUUCAAUUGAUCCAAGAGAUAUUUGACCAAGCCAAUUCGAGAUUUUCUCCUUCUGUGAUCAUGAUCAAGAAAUGCAUCGAACAAUUGUUGGAGAAACAGUUUAUUGCAAGACAAGAGCGGGACACGUAUGUUUAUGUUGCUUAAUAAAAUCGACAUUUUCGUUACAUCCCUGAGAGACGUAUCUGCAUCUAUCAUUUUCAGAAAGAAUUUUAAUUUACAAUUGUUGAAAUAUGUGAGGGCAUAUUGUCUGUUCGCCAAUUUUUUUUUAUUAUUCUUGUCAGAAAUAAUGCUUGCUUCAGGCUCGACAGGAAAUUUUGACCUCUUUUUCAUACAUUUAUGACUCUAUAAUUUUUUUGCGUCUGUUACUAUUUAUAUUCAUGGAGGCACAUUUACUUUGAUUCAGUAGCUUUAUUUUUUACAGGACUGCACAAAGUAUCAUGGUAUUCGAGAGAGGUUUGGAACAUUUGAUGGUUUAUUUUCACG